AUGAACCUGCCGCUGCUUCUGCUCUGUGUUCUCCUGGAGAUCCUCGUGGUGAGCUGUCAAGAUGUGAUACAGCCUCGUAUCAUCGGUGGAUACGUCCCGGCGCCGCACGCCAUUAAAUACAUCGUGUCCAUUCAGAGCGCUACGGGCCAGCACUUCUGUGGCGGGACCUUGAUUAACAAAUACUGGAUCCUGACCGCAGCACACUGCAAUGUAGGGGCUGCAAACAUGAGGAUCGUGGCUGGAGAUUUUUCUGUGGGAUUAUAUGAGGGGACGGAGCAGUUCCGCAGGCCUCAUGUUUUAAUACCUCACCCAGAGUAUAAUAAAGCCACCAAUAAUGCAGACAUCAUGCUCAUUAAGCUGCAGUCUCCCAUCUAUCUGAACAGCUAUGUGUCUCUGGCGCCAUUGCCUCGGCAGGACACCAUGGUGGCCAUGGGAUGCGUGUGCACGGUGUCCGGCUGGGGCUUCACCACUCCAACGGGAGGAAUACCUGAAACACUGCGCACGGUCAAACUGCCCAUCGUGUCCAGCUCAGUGUGUAACGGCACAGACUCUUUUAAUGGAAACAUCACAGAGAAUAUGAUCUGUGCAGGAUACAGCGAAGGAGGAAAAGAUGCAUGCAAGGGGGAUUCUGGAGGGCCGCUGGUGUGUGAGGGCCACGUCUAUGGUAUCGUCUCCUGGGGCAAUGGCUGCGGUGAUGCCCAGUACCCUGGUGUCUACACGUCCGUCUCAAGGUUUCGUCAAUGGAUCGAUGAAACUAUAUUUGGCUUUUAUGGAAGGUGCCUCAAGUAUUAGACUGCAGUGUUACCCCAGCACUUCCCUAAUCAAACUUGAAAUCCUCGAAAUAUGCCAACACGAAU